AUGGACAGCAUAACUCCUGAGGAGCAAAAUGUUUUGGAUCAAUUCGAAGAAAUCACAAAUUACGAUAAGGAGAAUGAAAGCACCAAAGUUCUGCGAUUACUGACAGUAUGCAAUUGGAACUUAGAAGUAGCAAUUGCUAGAUAUUUUGAUAAUGACUUUCCGCAGCUGUUUGAUGAAGUAAACUCUCAGGGGCAGAUACCGCUUUCGAGCAUGUCGACACCGGCUUCGGCCUCAAACACGGUCGCUACUCCGACACACUCAAUUGCCGGAUCCGAUAAUAUAGGGGCAGCUGAAGAUGAUUUCUUUCGAGCCCCGCUGCCAAUUCCUCCUACUACGCAGACAAACUUUUUGUUCCCAUUCCCCGAAGAUGCAUUCAUUCCUAAACUGCAUCGUGCAUUGCCUAUAAGUAACAAAUGGAAAUUUCAAGCAGGCUUGAUAAAUUCAGUGUCCAAUAAAAACACAUACAAAUACAGCCGGUUACUAACCCCUUUUGUGUUUUUGUUGAUGCUUAUGCCUAAAGUUUUACUCUUCUUAGGGUACGGCUUGAAUCGACUCUUCGGGAAUUUUGCACCAAAGCUAUUCAGAAUAUUAGGCCUACGAGCCGAGGAGGAUGAUUUUCCCUCAAAGCCAGUUUACAAUGCCGAUGAGCAACUGUCAAGCUACGACGUUCAUAAGUACAUAGAUGAUUUUUUGGGCAAGGAAAUUAGCUUGCCAAUAUUCAAAGGGGAAUUCAAUGCUGCAUUUGAUGAAGCGAGAAACAAUUUCAAGUGGUUUUGCGUCGUGCUAUUCAAUUCCGAAUCUCCAAGUUCCGAGAAAUUGAUCACAAAUUUUCUUGCAAACGACUUGUUUGUCAAGUUCAUUAAAAAUAAUGAUGUAGUGUUAUAUGUUGGAGAUGUCCUCUACCCAGAACCGUUUGAAGUGGGUCAAACAUACUCUGCGUUUGGCCUUCCAUACUUAGCUUUGAUUGCAAAUGUUUCAGCAACAGGAAUGACACACCCAGAAUUUUCAUUUGUUUGUAAAUAUAACAAGCUGUUGACCGGCUUUGGCAGCAACGGAAAUGGAAUUGCAAGUGGAAGCUCCGUUUCUAGAUUAUGCAAGAAGUUGAACAGACUAGUCAGUAAAUAUGAACCACAGUUAGUUGCACAAAGAUACGACAAACAAGAAGCCGAAUGCUCAAGACUGAUCAGAGAGCAACAGGACAGUGCAUAUCAAGAGUCUUUAUUGAAGGAUAUGAAAAGACAAAAAGAGAGAGAGCAAAAGCAAAAUGAAGAGGAAGAAAAAUUACGGAGGGAAAGAGAAGAGAAGUUGAGAAUAGAACAACAAAUUCUCAAGCGCAAAGAAUGCGCCAUACGCUACAUUAAUGAGAAAUAUGACAGAGAUUGCAGUAGCUGGGAGAGAGGCGAUUUCACGACAAUCCAAUUUCGAACUAAUAAGGGCCAAAGAUUUAUUCGUAAGUUUGGAAGGGACGAUACUGCAUUGGACAUAUUCAAGUACGUUUCAGGUAAAAAACUCAUUGAUGAAAUGAUGAGUUCCGAAGAUAACGAGUUCUCUACUGAAGAUGAAGUAUUGCAAUCUUUGAAGAAUUACCCUUAUCAAUUUGACGAAGAUACCGAACAAGGUAAUGUUUCAUUCUCUUUUGAUCUGAUAUCUCCGAUGCCACGGCUGAGAUUGCAGCCGGUUCUCAAAAAAGUAAACCAAAUCAAAGAAAUAUGGCCCAACGGGUCUCUUUUAAUCGAGAAGGGAAACGAUGACGACGAUAAUGACGACGACGAUGAUGACGAUGAUGACGAUGAUGAAGGCAACGAUGAAGGCGAUGGUGAUGAGGAAGAGGAAGAGGAAGAGGAAGAGGAAAAGUAA